CCAUGGUGCUGCCCGGUCCGCCCGGCAUGUCCCGCUCCGAGGAGGUGCACCGGCUCACCGAGAAUGUCUACAAGACGAUCAUGGAACAGUUCAAUCCCAGCCUCAGGAAUUUCAUUUCUAUGGGGAAGACCUAUGAAAAAGCCUUAGCAAGUAUGACAUAUGCAGCAAAAGGAUACUUUGAUGCUCUGGUUAAGAUGGGAGAGUUGGCCAGUGAAAGCCAAGGAUCUAAAGAAUUGGGAGACGUGCUCUUCCAGAUGGCAGAAGUCCACAGGCAGAUCCAGAACCAGCUGGAGGAGAUGCUCAAGUCCUUCCACAACGAGCUCCUGACGCAGCUGGAGCAGAAGGUGGAGCUGGACUCCCGGUACCUGAGUGCUGCGCUGAAAAAAUACCAGACGGAGCAAAGGAGCAAGGGGGACUCGCUCGACAAGUGCCAGGCAGAGCUGAAGAAACUUCGGAAGAAGAGCCAAGGCAGCAAAAACCCCCAGAAAUACUCUGACAAGGAGCUGCAGUACAUCGAAGCCAUCAGCAACAAGCAAGGCGAGCUGGAAAACUACGUCUCGGAUGGCUAUAAGACAGCUCUCACGGAAGAGAGGAGACGGUUCUGCUUCCUGGUAGAGAAACAGUGUGCCGUAGCGAAGAGUGCUAUCACCUACCAUGCCAAGGGGAAGGAGAUGCUGACGCAGAAGCUGCCACUGUGGCAGCAGUCCUGCUCGGAUCCCAACAAGAUCCCGGACCGCGCUAUACAGCUCAUGCAGCAGAUGGCUGCCAGCAGCAAUGGCACCAUUAUGCCCAGCCCUCUGUCUACAUCCAAAUCCAACCUCAUCAUCUCUGACCCCAUCCCUGGUGCCAAACCUCUCCCUGUCCCCCCGGAGCUGGCACCUUUUGUAGGACGCAUGUCGGCACAGGAGGCCAUGCCGGUGAUGAACGGAGUCUCAGGCCCAGACAGUGACGGGUACAACCACUGGUCUGAGAUGAAGCCAGCACAGCCCAAAUCUUUAUCUCCUCCCCAGCCUCAGAAGCAGCUGAGUGACUCUUACUCCAAUACACUCCCAGUUCGCAAAAAUGUGCCACCGAAAAACAGCUACGCAUCAGCCGAAAACAAGACGCUGCCACGCUCCAGCUCCAUGGCCGCAGGGCUUGAGAGGAACGGCAGGACGAGGGUGCAGGCCAUUUUCUCUCACGCUGCCGGAGAUAACAGCACCCUCCUGAGCUUCAAGGAGGGUGACCUCAUCACGCUGCUGGUGCCGGAGGCCAGGGACGGCUGGCAUUACGGAGAGAGCGAGAAAACAAAAAUGAGGGGCUGGUUUCCUUUCUCUUACACGCGGGUCCUCGACAGUGAUGGCAGCGAGCGGGUCCACGCAAGCCUGCAGCAAGGGAAGAGCAGCAGCACCGGCAACCUGCUGGACAAAGACGACAUCGCCAUCCCGCCGCCCGACUACGGCAUGGCCUCCCAAGCCUUCCCGGCGCAAGGCGUCAACACCUUCAAGCAGAGGCCGUACAGCGUGGCCGUACCUGCCUUCUCCCAGGACUACCUAAUGCCCUAUGGUUGUGCAAUUAAAGACUAUUCCAGUGGCCUCUGCCAACCACCCUCCGCUCACUACAAGCCUUACACUAGGUCGACAGCUGGUCUCGAUGACUACGGGACGAGGUCCGUCAGCAGCCCCGAUGUUGAAGUGGCCAGGUUUUGAGGUGCCCCUGCCCGUAGUUAAAACCCCUUUGCCAACGUCCAGCUGAAGCCAACGGUGACGAACGACCGCUCGGCUCCGCUCAUCAGCUGAUCCGGCAGCGCUGGUACCUGCCGUGCCGCGCGGCACUCGCCACCUCCUCCUCGCCGCUGCAUGUCUGGCUUUCCAGGACUUCAUUUUUAGGCAGAGUUUAUUUAAUCCUGCUGCUUCGAAAGCCAAAGGCUAAAGCUAGUGCCCUAGUUCUCUCUUCUCUAGACCCAGCUUAUUCCUCUCGGUGGCAGAGGGUUAAACCGCUGCCUUGUAGCCCGUCCUUUGACUGCGCAGAAUUAGCGCGAUGGCAGCCCCCCCACACAUACUCCCAGCAUGGCCCGUAGCCAGGUUUGCUUCUAGGCUUAGCAGCAGCUUGCCAUGGUUGGGAAAAAGGCCUCAGCUGGAAAAGAGCUCUCCAGAGGUGAGCUGUGCUUCGGGCUCGCACAGGGCAGAGCGAUGAUGGCAGAGGGGAGAUGCUUCUCCCACUGCCUGGCUGGGGGGGACCCCUGGGACAGGCAGGAUAGCCAGGAUCCCCUGUGCAAGCCAAAGGGGUGGUGGGAGCCGUAGGCAGCUCCCAGGCCCCUGCAAGACCCCGGCUGCCUGCCCCGGGCUGGGAGGCGGUGGGAUGCUGGGAAGCGGUGGGAUGCUGGGAGGCAGUGGGAUGCUGGCAGUGGGGUGCCGGCACUGCGGACCCCGCCGGGACGGGGACAGGGACGGCUCCGCUCCCAGAGCUCCUGCAGCGCCAGGUCUCUGUGUAUAGUAGGGUAUUACGGUACUGCUGUAAAAUAUAAGCUAGAAAAAAAAUACUUCUGGAGGUGAGGGCUCUGUUUAAGCGUGCCUUGAGGUGCCUGGGGUUGCCCAGCGGUUGAAGGGGCACCCUGCUCCCCUCAGACAGGCUCUCCCAUCCAGACCUCUUGCUUGGCUCUUUGCUCUUCCUCUAUUACUAGGGCUGCAUGAGAGAGAGAGAUAGAUAUAGAUAAAUAUAUAUAUAUAUACACACACACACUUGCUAAGCUUAUUGCUGGGGUGUGCGCCCACGAGCAGGCAAGCUCCUGGGCUGUUCCCACAGCUCCCAGCUGCCGCUUGCCCCGAGCCGAGCCAGCACGGGGGUUGCAUCCCUGCUACGGGAACAGGGAGAAGUGGUUUUCCAAGCAGGAACCAUGUCUCCCGUGGGCGAGCGGUUGCGCGCCAGGCAGCGUGGGGAGGGCAGCGCCCUCAGAGGUUUUUGCCUUUUCCGUCGUAUUUGUCAUUUUGCACUUUUAAUCACUAGCGCACCGCAGCCUGUUCAGCGGGUGCUUUGCCGAGCACAGAGAGCCCCGGGCGCGUGGGUCGCUGCCUGUGGGUUUCCAUGCAGGCAGGGCUCUUUCCCAGGCAGAUGUGAUGGCUCAUCGCUGCCGUGUCCCCUCCGAUGGUUUUUGCGGCUCCGCCACAGGAAAAAGCGGCUUCUCCUGCCACCGCCCGGGGUUUUGGCUGUGCGAAAGGGCUGGCUGGGUCUCUGGUCCAUGUGCUGCUUCUUCCUCUCCCAGGGCUGGAGCAGAUGGAUGUGGGGCCAGAUGGGGCAGGGGUGAGGGGAAGGGCUUCGCUGGGGUGCAG